GCACACCCCGCUUUUAUAGACGCGGAGGCUGGCCCAUCGACAACGAGAUGGCGCACAGGCCUGUGUAAGACAAGGGGAAGCCGACAAGGCUUUGGUCGAUCAUCGAUCGUGUUUGGGCUGUACAAUAGGAGAGAUCGGUCGAGGCUGAAAUGCCACUCAAGCCAUGGACCGCUCGGAGUAUACCCCUCUUGUGCACUGUGCCAGAAUGCAGCGUGGCUGAAUGAAUGCAUGAUAGGGUGCGUCGAAAAUCUCCCUCCACC